AUGAAGCUCACUGAUCUGCUGACCUCUUUUGGAACAGGCAGCCAGAACCGGCGGCUGACAUCUUUCCAAGGCCUUGGAAAUCCCUUCGCUCCUCAGGGUGGCCCUGCUGGCCCUGCCGGCGGCGGUGCUGUUGGAGGUGAUUCAGGUGACUGGUGGCAGGACGAGUCGGGCAAAUGGCACUUUGGAGGUGAGGCAGAGCACUGGUGGCGUGACGAGCACCACCAAUGGCACAAAGGUGGGGAAAGCCAAACGUGGCGGCAGGAUGAGGCCGGCAACUGGCACGAGGUCGACGACGAAAACCCCAGGGAGUCAGAGGACGAGUUAAUGAUGGGCGGCAACCCUGACAUGGGUGAGCCGCAGCAGGACAUUAAAGAGCCUGCUGUGGCAGUGGCCGGUGCUGUGCUUCUCCUCGCGGUGCAGGCGGGACGCCAAGAUGCCACGGACAUCUUCCAUCCUGGCCAUGAAGCGGUGCACAUAACGCGACUCCAUCGCUACGAGCACGAUGGCAUGGCAUCGUUCCUAGAGGCUGAAGCUCGAUGGAAAGGAUCUCGUGAAGAGGUUGUCUCCCCGCUGCUCUCGCGAGCUAGAUCCAAAAGGAGUGCCAAGCCGAAGGGCUUCCUCCGUGUCUCGCAGACCCAAGAGGCUGCGCUGAAAGCCCACCAGACCGCAUCCCUUCUUCAGGAGCUCGAAGACGCACGAGCAAACUCGUCCACGAUCGGCGGCUUUUUUAGGAACGAGGGCAAGGUGCUGAGGUACCACGGUCUGGAGAUCCCCAACGAGAACCAUCCUGCGGAGACACGGUUAACGAGUCUGGAGAGCCAGUACAUCGGCCAAAUAGGCGUUGGCUCCGUGCUCGCACCGAAAGGAUGCACGCCUUCCAGCGAGUCUCUGAUCUAUCUUGGGCCUGCAGAUUAUGACAGCGCGACAGAGGAACAGAAGAACACAUGCCACGUCCGCGACCAGUCUCUGGUCUGGGUCGUCUUCGACACAGGCAGUACCAAUAUCUGGGUGUCGUCAGUCCUGUGCACCAAGGGGCCCUGCGCUAACGCCGAUCGGAGCCGCUAUGAUCGGUCGCUGUCCAGGACGUACGCUCCGGGCCCAGGUGGGACCUUACAGAUUGAGUUCGGAACCGGGCGGAUCACCGGCCCGGAGGCCGUCGACGACUUCCACAUCGGACCGUUCUCGGUUUUCAACCAGACAUUCGGGAUGAUCGAGUCCGAAGAGGGCCGGGUCUUCGAGGAGGUGCCCGUGGAGGGCAUCCUCGGAUUGGCCUUCCCAGCCAUGGCCGCACAUGGCAUUCGGCCUUUCGUGGAUGGCAUCAUCGAGAACAAGGCCAUAGGUCGCAACGAGUUUGCGUUUUACUUCAGUCCUGAUGAUCCGGCGGGCAAUGCGGUUUUCUGGGGCGGAGUGGACAGAUCCUUCUACCAUGGUGAAAUCGAGUAUUUUCCCGUUGUUCAGCCGUACUAUUGGGCCAUUGAGCUGGUCGACUUCAAAAUCGGCGAGGACUCGCUUCUGCAUCUACUGCUGCCCGAGGCGGAGGAGACUGAGGAGACCCCGGACCUGGAGCACGAGGGUCCUUCAGGUCACAAGAAGCACCGUCAUCACGGUGCUGGGGAGCCCAUGUUCAAGGCAAUCGUGGACACCGGCACCACGUUCUUCACGGCUCAGGGCCGGCUCUUCAAAGAGACGAUGAAGCGCCUCGCAGCAGGGCCCUGCCACAGCCUGACCAAGCAGAGCCACCCGGACAUCACCUACACCUUGAAGAACACCGCUGGCCAAGUUCGUGAUUUCGUGAUCUCCAACAAGCAGUACAUGCUGUCCAGCCAAGAAGGCGAUGACUCAGAGUGCACGCCUGCCUUCAUGCUCAUCGAAGUCCCUCGUGCCCAUGGUCCUGGCAUGGUGUUGGGCGAGGUGUUUCUGCGGAUCUACUUCUCUGUCUUCGAUCGAGGGAGUGGCAGCGUAGAUGAGGCUCGCAUUGGCUUUGCAAAAGCAAACAGUGGAGCGGAUGCCAAGAGUCGCCUCAAGGGCUUGACCUCCAACCAACCGGUGUUCCACCGCAUCUUGGCUGCACGCACAUAA